CUCGCAGCGAGUGGGAUGCGGAAGUAGAUCUUCUUGGCUGGCUACUGUUUGUCUGAUGAGUCCUUCCCGAGAUUUCAGUUGCUUCAGCAGCGUCAUCACAGAGGACAAGAUAGCCCACCUGGUACGGAAGAGGACCACACGGCAGACAGACACAGCCCUUCUGUCGUGGAUCUCUGCCUUCUGGUGUUGUUUGCAGGUCGCUGAGGGCUUCGCAAUCAUCGACGUAGGCGUGGAGUGGACACGGAGGUCUGUUCAUUCCAGCGCAUUGAUUGGAUGUGCUGCGCUGUGCUGUGCUGUGUGGGUGUGGUAUUGUUGGCAGGGCUGUUUCUCCCACGAGUGGGCGACUGCACUGCGGAAGGAGGCGGUAUGGCUGAUGGAGAGCGGCCUGCUGAUACCCAACCGAACCAAGUUCGGACAGGCGCUGCUCACCAAACCAAACGUGUACAGUACAAAGAGAGGAAGAGGAACACACAGUGCACUCACAGAUGCUCUCUCACGUCCUCAUUGCAAGUUCGUUCUGCGCGUGUCAGCUACGAGCUGGACCUGCACGGCGAGGCCCGGUCCAAGGUGCCUGAGUUCGAUGCGCUCUGGGCCAGCGACGCGUUGGUGGAGGCCUUGUCGUGCUGCCUGAAGUGGCUGGGGUCAAGUGUGGAGCUGUUGAAGGGGACAGAGGCGCGGAGCAUCAAGAUACAGUGCAACAGGGGCAGCGGCGGAUGCUUCCCAUUCCAGUGAGCAAACUGAGCAGGAGCAGCCAACGGAUUGAUCUGCCGUCUAUCUAUCGUGUGUGAUGUGUAUGUGUGUGUGGUGUGUGUCAGCUAUGACAACGCGGGCCCGCCGUGCAACCGAAAGGUCACAUGUCUGGUGUACCUCAACCCCGACUGGCAGGAGGGCGAUGGCGGUGAGAUCGUGCUGCUGCCGUUCCUGAAGGAGGCUGUGGUCGUCCCGCCCCUUAUGGCCCGCAUGGUCAUCUUCUGGUGCUGA